AUGCCAUCAUCCCGUCAGGACUUGCAAACCGUAAGGACAACGUUUAUUUUUUGCCUGAAAAAUCAUGGACGGUCAGCAUGAAAAAGAACCCUGUUCCUCAGCAACUUCUGCUUCCAGUACUCGUCCAAAGAGGCUCCCAAAGCGUCAACAAAAGACCCAAAUCUCAACAGAUGAGCGAGACGCUUCUAACCUAGCCCCUACUGCAGUAGUGCUUCUUAACAAGGAGAAGCAAGAACUGAACCUUCUUAAGGAGAAGUUGGAAUGGCAGAAGAAGAAGAUUGAAGAACUGGAAGAAGAGAGAGAUUUCCUUCGUGGACAGUUGUCUGCCCUCACAGCAAUGCAAGAAAGCAUGGACAACAAAGUCACUGUGAAUGAUUCGGAAACCUCCAAUACGUCAUCCAUGUCCUCCUCUUCCUCAUCCUCAUCCUCAUCUUCAACCCCCAAGAAGCGCAAAUCCAAAAAGAAGCACAGCAAGGCAGCCAAAAAACACAAGAGAGAGCACAAGACGUUUCGGCAGCGCGUACAAACACCGAGUGAAAUUGUCUGCCGCUACAGAUCCAUCCUCAAAACCUUGCCAAAGACAAAGACCAUGACCAAAGCGUUCCAGAAGCACGGCAUUGACAGAAACACUGUGGUGUGCACUUCAGCGAUUGGAGAGCUCGCUAUUGCAGCUCCUGAGGUCUAUGAGGAGACACUGGCCAAGAGGUCUACUGGAGAGACAGUGCUGGCAUUUGCUAAGCGCUGUGAGGCUGCUAUUCAGAAAGAUGAAGAAUUAAAAGAAAAAAUAGAAAUCAUGAAAGCUAAGGGUACCCUCCUCCCCAUGAGGAGAAACAAACCUGUUUAAUGGUUAUGUACACUUGAUUGUGUUUAAAGUGUAUUGGGCACACUGGUUCAAGUUUGAGUGAAAAAGAAAAAUCAGUACAUACAUACAUCAGUAUGUGAGGUAUAUUUUUAGUUUCUUUAGGUUUUGUUUAGAUUUUGAUUAGGAUUCUUUGUUUAGGAAGACAUAGACCUUGUGAAGAUUAAGAUUAAGAGACUUUAAAGACUUAUUUAAUUUGAGUAUUGGUCAAUUUUAUUUAUUUUAAAUACAUUUUAUUUAUAUUUUUAUUUCAAAUACAUUUUAUUUAUACAAUUUAAAUACCAUGCUAAAAGGUCUAUGCAUGUUUAGUUAUGACAGUUUAAAUUUGAGUGCCCUUAACACUCAGGAGUAAUGUGUAAAUAAAACUUUUUUUCUUAUUUCUGUUGUCAUUGCAUUUUUAUUGUUUAAAUGUGACUGACUGAUUACUCAUGUGUUUUACACGUCAAAAAUUAUUUAGUGGUUAUAAGUGUUUGUUACUCAUUAAUAAAUAGUGAAGUGUUUUACACUUUACAAUAAGGCUCCUGUUUAGUGGUUAUAAGUGUUUGUAACUCAUUAAUAAAUAGUGAAGUGUUUUACACUUUAAAAUAAGGCUCCUAUUUAGUGGUUAUAAGUGUUUGUAACUCAUUAAUAAAUAGUGAAGUGUUUUAUACUUUAAAAUAAGGCUCCUAUUUAGUGGUUAUAAGUGUUUGUUACUCAUUAAUAAAUAGUGAAGUGUUUUACACUUUACAAUAAGGCUCCUAUUUAGUGGUUAUAAGUGUUUGUAACUCAUUAAUAAAUAGUGAGGUGUUAUACACUUUAAAAUAAGGCUCCUAUUUAGUGGUUAUAAGUGUUUGUAACUCAUUAAUAAAUGGUGAU